CCUGCUAGGAGUGAAACCAAUCCAGGGGCCUCCAGAGGCCGAUAAGAUUUGACUGCAAGUCAAUACUCGCAUGUCUUUCCACUGUGCAAUGAUCCCCCGGCCAGCGGGGCGGGAGGGGACAGGCAGGUGACAGGGGCGGGCAGAGGGCCAGCCUGGGGCAGGGACGCCGCCUCUGCUCCGGGAAGGGAUUGGGGGCAGGAAGGGGACAUCUCCUGGCCUGCAACAGGGAUUUUCUGGGAUUUGUUGCCAGUACAUGUAAUGGUGAGCCCACAGUGGGCAGCUUCACACUGGGAAGUGAAUGAGGGACAGGGACUGGGACUGGGAGAGCAGCGGGGAGAGGGAUGGGGAAGGAGGAGGAGCGGGGGAGAGGGAGAGAAAUUGCCCGUGAAAACCAGCUCUGCCACGCAUCUGCUCCUCGGAGCUUUGGGAAUUGAGAGGUUUCCCUGCCGGCAGAGCCGGGGCUGAGGCUGCGGGGUGCUGGGGGGAGCAGAGCCCUGGCACACUCGAUGCACGCUCGCCUGCGAUGCCAUCUGCCAGGCUUUCUCCUGGCUGCGGGUUCCAGGGGCUUCUCUCAUGGCUAAUAAGGGUCGAGCUCAGACUCCAAAGUACUUCCCGAAGUACCUGCUGCAUCUUUGUGCCAUCCCUGGACACGGCGUGGCUGGGAUUCCGCAUCCCUCUGGGAAUGCUGCAGGGCAGGCAGGCAGGGUGACAUUUGCAGUUAGCAGAGGGUGUCCUUGAGAGGAGCGAGUGCCGAGAGAAGGGACCAGGUUCUCUUUAAGGGGGCAGGACUUUGGGAACAUUAUGAAGGCAAGAGUGAGCUUCUUCCUCUGCCUUCCACGCUCCCCUCAUUCCCUUCUCUGUUCCGGGACAGAGACCCGGGUUCCCUGUCCUCCCCUCUGCCUGGCAGGGAUGAAGGCAGGAGCUGGGUGCUGGGAUGGGCGGCUGAGCAGGGGAGGAGGAGGAGGAGGAGGGGAGGAAGGGGAGGGAGAGGGGGAGGAUCUGCUAAUUACACAGAACAGCUCUGGGGGCUGCUGAAGUCCAGAAUGAAGCAAAGAGCAGCAGAAGCGAGUGCUGCAGUGGGAGCGGAGGAGCCCAAGCAUCACCGAGAGCUGGAGCCGGCUGUUAUCCCUGCUGGGAACAACUGGGAGCACUCAGGAGAUCCUGCAGUCCUGUCUCCCACAGGAGACAGCCUCUGGCACUGCCACCGAGCCCAGUGCCAGCCCCCGGAGAGCCGAGGAGAAGAGGCCGGUGGUUGCAGCACGCAGGGCUGGGCUGGAGGGCAGCGAGGUCAGCCCUGCUAUGGUCGCGGGGGGCUAGGAGCCUGUGUGCAUCCACCGGGAAGAGGUGAAGGAUGGCUGCCGAAGGAGGGAGAGCCAAGCCCGUUGCCCAGUCCAGGAUGGAGAACUUCCGAAAGGUGAGGACCUCGGAGGAGGAGAUGCCAUUACCCUUCCCAGACCUGCCCCCAGACGUGGUGGAGAUGAAAGUGAAGGAGGGCAGCAAGAUCAGGAACCUGAUGAACUUCGCCAUGGCCCAGAUGGAGCUGAAGGGCAGGCGGCAGAUCGUGUUCAGCGGCUGCGGCAGGGCGGUCACCAAGACCAUCACCUGUGUGGAGAUCAUGAAGCGCAAGCUGGGAGGGCUCCACCAGGUCACCAAGGUACGCUACAAAACUGUGCUGGAGGUCUGGGAGAGCCAGGACCCGCUGCCCGACGGCCCUGCACAGAACCUGACUGUCCACAAGAACGUCCCCUCCAUCUGCAUCCUGCUCUCCCGGGACCCUCUGGAUCCCAACCAGACGGGAUACCAGCCCCCCGAGCCCCGGCACGAGGCGGGAGAAGACACAUUGGGAUCCUCCAGCAAGGGGCUGAAGCGGCCGCUGCCGCCUCCCUGCGAGGAGCUGCUGCCCAAGAAGCUGCAGGUACAGGUGUCUGACAGCCCCAGGGGCACGGGGACCACCGCUGGCCAGCAGGACCACUGA